AUGGAAGGGCGUAAGAGAAGAAGACGUGGGGACAGUAAGUGUUUAAAAGUUUUUCUUCUGUAGAACCAUUGUUUUCAGACUUUUCAACAUUUUUUCGUCUAUCGGGAGAAAAAACUGAGUCCGACGAUUCUUCUGAAUCCGAAGGUGGCCAUGAGGAAAUUCUAGGCAUUGAUGUGAACUGCCGAACGGAUUCUUCGAUUUUAUCAAGCUCGGACGGCGAAAACACCGAUGAGUUUCCAGGUUUGAAUAUGAACUCGCAUGAAUAAAUCCAUUGUGUUCCUUGCAGAAACCGUUGAGCGCACUAUUUCGGACCAAAUGGAUAUUUCGUGGAAUGAGAAGACACCGAUUUCUGGUGAGCCAUAAUCAUUCCACUGUACACAAUACACAGUUACUUUGCAGUAAUGCUAUCCUCCUGCUUGGAAAACGGCUUGUUUAACGUGGAGAAGGCAGGCCGAAUAGUUCAUGAAGCGUACCGAACGAGAACUCCAAAAGUUAAAGAGGAAAUCGAGUCAUUUCUCGCGAAGAAUGCGUACAAGUUCACUGGUCCAAUGAUUAUCGGCGAGCCCGAUUUGAUGAACCCCGAUUGGCAACAGAUUAUGAUCUGUGGACAACAACUACUGGUUACUAACCCAUCUAAACCAAAUAAAAUAACAAUUUCAGCACCAUUUGAUCUGUGCGCAACAGCAGAAGGUGAUCAACCUCUCAGCGAAGAACUGUGAAGAGUUCAGAGACGUAGGUGGCGCUGUCUACAAUGUUACCGGGAUUUUCCAUUACCCACGAGAGCCACCAUUCUCCGUGAGCUGGAUCCGUAUUUAUACGAAUGCAGAACUUCGUUUUUAGGGCGAGCAAAUCAGCCUCCUCGGAAUUACCCCAUCAAAUCAGUCUGCUCAUAUUCGUCUCAAGUCGAUGUUAUUCCACGUGCUUUCAAGAGUAUGUCACACUUUAAGUGUUAUCAAAUAUCAAAUUGAAACUAUUUUUAGAGUUGCACUCAGCAGUGCGACAUUCAGUCUGUCACAUGGAUUCUGCCGAAUGAGAAAAACUCGAAGGGGCCUAACCGACGCGACUUCCCGGAUGACUUGUAUGUCACGCUUAGGGGUUAGUUAUCUUCCGAUUCUCAGAAGUUUAUCGAUUUCACCACGUUUCUUUUAAGACCUCUUCUUACAAUUUUUCGGACUCGACUACAGGGAGUUGGAUGCUCCUUACCGAGACGAAUUCAGCACACUGAAAUGCCUACAGUCAUACGAAGACGACAACAGCAAGAAAAAAUAUUUCGAAUUUCUUGCUCAUACACGAUACAGUUACCUCACAACCACUUUCAGAACUGCUCUCAAACAGGCUUUGUGAGUCAAUCUUUCUAUUUCAUUCUGAAAAUAAGAUUUCUUUUCAGAAUUGAACUACGCCACGGCACAUUUCUGCCACCUGUCAUUGGUCAAAUGUACGGUCGAUUCGUAUACCGCAAGGUAAUAUUACUGUUUUCUAACACUGUUAUCUUUUCUCCUUUUGCAGCGUCACACGACGACUACGUCAACAUCUUUUUCGCAUCAGUUGAUGCCGUAUCAAUUGACGGCUCAAGGAACGGAGGAAACCGAGAGACAAGAGGUUCACGACACCAAUGUCGCCGUUCUCACUGAAGCUCCAACGAGUGUCGACGAUUUGAACCAACUCGGCGAGACGAUCAUUUCAAAAGAAGCCUCUUUGCCGAAGAAAAAUACUGGAAAGAAUUCCGGACGCCGCCGUCACAACUCGCAAAAGGACAGGGAGGAGGAAGAGACCGACGGGCAAGCUGCUCCAGCGAAAAGAGCAAAUAUUCGCCGAACUCGUCGAAACAUUUGA